GCUUGGAAUGCAUUUGGCCUAUGCAUUUAUGAUUAUAUGAAGAGAAAGCAACCAACUGACGAUUCAUGGAUUGGCCUGUCGUGGACACAAAAAUAUUUGAAAAUGAUGAAAAAAGAGGAUGAAGAAAUACAGCACAUAAAGUUCAGUGGUUUCAAGAAAGUCUCAUCUAACAAGGAAACAAUCAGUGAUCUCACAACCCCCAGUGACCUCGCAGGAAAGAAUUAGAUACACAAUAUAGUUUAUUCAGACAGUUAGACUGUAACAGCAUACAACAACAUUUUCUAGAGAAGUUUUUCGUUACCUACUAAAAUGUGUCAGCUGUUUCUGGGUGUAUUCUUUGCAUUGAUUGCCAUAUUGAUGUACUAUGUUAUCCUGCAGUAUGAGGAUCAUAAAGAAGUGCCUCAUUAUCAUAUUAUCGUUGGUGUCAUGUCCGCCCGCAAUCACUACAAACAGAGACAAGCUAUACGGGAUACAUGGUUGGCGCAUUCACAAACGCAAGCUAACAUAAGCAAUAAAGUCGUAGUCAAAUUUGUUCUGGGUAAGAAAGCGUGCCAUAUACCUCCUGAGGACAGAUUAGACCCAUAUUCUUGUGAAAGAUGGGACGUUCAGGUCUCAGAUUGGGAAAAUGACAUCACAGUUGCCAAAGUUGAUAACACUUCUCCAAGUAUUAAACAAGUCACCGCUAUUGAACAAUUAACAUUUAAAGUACAUCACCCAAUAGUGAUUACAAAAAUAGGCCUUUUAGCUGGUGAUACUAUGCAUUUGAACUAUAAGGUGAAAUUAGUGGACUCACUAAAUGGUGAAACUAUAGCAAGUGCUGUAUUUAGUGACUCCCAGCCAGGGCUCCCACAAGAAGGGUUCCGAUACAGGGCAGUAGAGAAUUAUUUACUCCCUAAGCACUUUGAGGGGACAAUCAUUGGUGAAAUUCUUGAUUCUGAAAUUACUAACAGCACCAAUACAACAACUGGCUUUAACAUUGACAAUUUCAACAUCAAGCUUUAUAAUGGCAGUGGCAUUAUCAGUCUAUACGCGAGUGAUAUAUUUCAGACCAAUCAAACCUCACCAGUUGUAUCCUUCAUGUUCAAAGUCUAUGAACCUGGUGCUCUUAAGCUACAUAUAGCUGGUAAAAAACUUAGAGCUUUCGAAUGGGGGGAGAGCAUGGAACUAGAAAACAUCAAAGUCACAGAGGAAUUCAUUGAAAAAAAUGAUAUGGUCCUGGUUAAUGUGAUUGAUACAUACAGGAAUUUACCUCUAAAGUUAUUGAAGUUCUACACGUGGAUGACUCAGCGGUAUAUGUUUAAUUACACGCUAAAAACAGAUGAUGAUUGCUAUCUUAAUCUUGAAAAUAUUGUUGAAAGAAGUAGACUGAUUUUAGACGAGGGAGGCUCUAAACAAUGGUGGGGACAAUUUAGACGCAAUUGGUAUGUUGAACGUCAUGGAAAAUGGUCGGAAAGAUUAUAUACGUCAUCAUCAUACCCGACAUUUGGUUGCGGAGCCGGGAAUGUUCUAUCAUCAGAUUUGGUAUAUUGGCUUGCGGAUAAUGAAGAAAAUCUACAGGUGUAUCAGGGUGAGGAUGUCUCCCUGGGGAUUUGGUUGGCUGCCCUUGGGCCGCAGUUUAUAGCUGACGCUCACUGGCAGUGUGAUAAUAGAACAUGUGAACCAGAUAUGUACAAUAUGCCAGAACUCAGUCCCCAGCAGUUGACGAAUAUGUGGCAAAAUAAAAUGAAAUGUGGAAACCCUUGUGGCUGUUAA